GAAAUAUCAGAUUUUUAACCUGCAGAGAUCAGUAAUGAAUUAUUAAAAUGUUUGAGCUGCUGAGCGGGUUUUGGUACCGGGAGGUCCACUGGGCCACGAUUCGGCCUAAAUGUUUCUAAAACUGACUUCAGCUGCUGCGCUCUGAUUGGCUGAUUCAGGUUCGGCACAAGAACAGCUGUACCUAAUAAAGUGACAGUUCUGCCCCCUGCUGGCAGAACCUGGGAACUGCAGAUCAUUGAGGAAGAAGUUCGGGUCAGAAUUAUUCAUACCCCUGGUUGAUGGAGGUCUUUGAUUCUUGUGGUGGUAAAAAUCCUUUUUAGUUUUUUAUUUUCUAUAAUGGAUAAAUUUCAAGUUUCACAUUAAAACUUUUACAUAUUUGAAUCUUUUGGGAAAUUUCUGUCUCUUAUCCUUAAACUUCUUGGCUGCAGUUAAUGUAAAUGUUGAUCUGGGGUAUGAAUACUUGUGAGCUGACGGUUGUCCAGGUCAGAGUCCAGUCUUCAUGUUUCUGACAACAGAAAUUCUCUUCAGUAAUCAGGAACGUUUGUUCAGAAACCUAAAACUGACUCAACUUUAAAGCUGUAAAUUAAAGAUGAUGCAAUCAGAUGAAAAACAUUUUUAAAGUAUAAAACAGGAAACAAACUGCAGGUUUCCUGUUGGUUUAGAUGAAGACGGCCAUUUUGUCGUUUCAAGCCGUUUGAGGAUUAUUUUCCGUCACUUUGUAUCGCAGGGUUCAGUCUGAAAUGGUUCUGAUUAGAUUCUGGAACCUGAGAAAACUUUACAAACGUUCAGAAACAGGAAAUCAACGCAGCAGCAAAGUCCAGAGAAGGUCAGAAACCCUGAAGACGUGUUGGACAGUCUGGAAGCUGAUCACAUCAUCAGCAGCUCAACCUUUUCUGUCUUUAAAUCGUUUCCGGCUGAAACACGGAGACCAUCGGAUCUCAGCGGAACCAGAAGAACCUGCAGCACAGAGCCCAGAGAAUCCAGGCGAGCAAAACGAUCUGGACGCCGGGAACACGGAGGAGGUCGGCCCGACCGGACGGACGGACGGACGGACGCCAACCUGCAUGUUGCACCAAAGCUCUACAACUCUUCCCCGGCUGCCCUUUGACCUUUCCUGAUUGGAUGAAUGGAGAUUCUGCAACAGAAGCAGGAAAUGAACAUGGAAACGACUGAAGGCGACGAUCAGAUGGAAUAUGAAGAACCUGCAUCUGCAGCAAAGAGCCGGGAAUUAAAGAAUAAUCCAGGAGGGAAAGUUUUCCGUCUGUUUCUCCUGAGCUUCGGAAUUCUCUGCAUCCUCCAAUCUGCCCUCAACGUCUCACUGCGUCUGACUUCCUAUUGUUCCCAUUACCCUGAGGACUGUAACAGAACCCUGACUGGAUGCCCCACCCAGGACUCUGGUUCUGACCCCACCGGGGAACCCGACCAGAACUCGACUUCACGACCUGCUGGGGAGACGCUGACAGCCCAGACGGCCCAGAUCCAACUGAUGAAAAGGCUGUUCUGUGUUGCUGGCAGCAGGGCAGAACGCCUCGACGUGGAUUUAACAUCAUUGCCCAGUUCCUUCAAGGAACUGUUGGCUACAUUUUGUCCAAGCAUCUACUACAUUUCCUCUGCCAUGAAAACAUGGAAUGAAAGCAGAAAAGAUUGUCUGGAAAGAGGAGCAGACCUGGUGAUCAUCAACAGCAGAGAAGAGCAGAACUUUCUAAGAGAGUUCAGAGAGAGGCUUUGGAUCGGACUGACUGCAGGUUCUGGUUCUGGACGGGACAGAGAAUGGAAAUGGGUCGACGGGACUCGACUGAACACCAGUUACUGGGUUCCAGAAAUUUUCAGAGGGAGGACAGCUGGAACGAUCUGCACUGUGGAGAUGAAAACUACUGGAUCUGUGAACGAAACCUGCAGUAGAACUGGACCCGACGCAGCAACAGGGAUGAAGAUGGAAAGCAGCAGGAAGGCUCCCCCUGACCUCUGACCUCAGCAGAUAAAGGUCCAGUAGGUGGCGCCAGUCGGAUGUUUCAUUCUCCGGAUCGGAUCCCUGCCGGGUCGGAUCCCUGCCGGGUCGGAUCCCUGCCGGGUCCAGAGCUGCAGCUCCUUGUUCUUCACCUCUGACUGCAGCUUGGCUUUGAUUUCAACUUUAUUAUCUGUUAAUCUUUCAAGUCAGAAUGAAAAAUAAACUCAUUUCAU